AGUCUGCGCGCAGACCAUCUUCACGGACGGACAAGACCAUGCGAGCCUUCGUGCCGGGAACUUUGGUGCUGCUCGCCCUUUGGCUGGUGCAAAACACCCUCGCGGCGCCCGAGACCGAUGAGGCGUGCGAGAGUCUCCCUGCCGAGAUCCACCUCAUCAAAGAGGAAUUUGAUGAGCUUGGAAGGUUGCAGCGCACUUGCAAUGGAGACGUGGCUGUCAAUAAGUGCGAGGGGCAGUGCACCUCUCAGGUCCAGCCCAGUGUUGUCACUCCAACUGGAUUCCUGAAGGAGUGCUUUUGCUGCAGAGAGACCUUCAUGCGAGAACGCACCCUGACCCUGACACACUGCUAUGACCCUGACGGCACGCGUCUGCACGGCGAAAAAGAAACCAUGGACAUCAAACUGAAGGAACCCGCCGAAUGCAAGUGCUUCAAGUGCGGCGAGUACUCUCGGGUCGUGGCGCGGCCGCAGCAGCAGAGACGCUCUGAUUGUCGCUCCGAGAUGAGCACUGGCUGGCUGCAGGCGCUGCUCUCGGUGGCCGUCGGCCUGCUGGCGGUGGCCGCUGCAGACGAGUGCUCGGUCACGCCCGUCAUCCACGUGCUGCAGUACCCGGGCUGCGUCCCCAAACCCAUCCCCAGCUUUGCCUGCACCGGCAGAUGUACCAGCUACCUUCAGGUUUCUGGGUCUAAGAUUUGGCAAAUGGAACGGUCAUGCAUGUGCUGCCAGGAAAGUGGCGAGAGGGAGGCCAGUGUGACCCUCUUCUGUCCCAAAGCAAAGCCCGGAGAACGAAAAUUCAGAAAGGUGGUAACAAAAGCUCCCCUGGAGUGCAUGUGCCGCCCGUGCACUGGGGUGGAGGAGAGCGCCGUCAUACCCCAGGAAAUUGCUGCUUAUGGAGACCAAGGACAUCUGACGGCCCACUUUAUCAGAAGCAACCAACUCUAAAAACCGUUUUUCGAUUCUGCUCGGCUGCUGUGCAAAAUUGCGUUGAAAUAAAUUGAGGGUGUAAUAUUAUUCGUAUAUAACAAACGAUUUUCUUAUUUUCUUUGAAUCAAAAUUCCCAAUAU